AUGACUCAGGAGUAUCAAAAGAAUACUCACAACCACGAUAUUGAAGAGGGAGAAAUGAGUGGAGAUGAAGUGGGUGAGGAGGUUUUGGAUGUGGAAAUGAGCGUCGAAGGAGUUGAAGAUAAGGUCGGAGAUUAUGAGGAAGUUGGUGAGGAAAGUGCCGACGGAAAUAGUGAGGAUGUUGAGGAUGGCAGUGAGGAGGACAGUGAGGAAGGCGAUGAGGAAGAUGAUGAGGAAGACAGUGAGGAAGAUGAGGAUGAAGAGUUGGCGGAGAAGAAGGUUCUUCCAGAAAGAACUUCUAGGGGAAAAAGAUACACUCAGCUUUUAGGUGAAGAAGAAGAAAAGGAUUCUAAGUUUUGGGGUCAUAAUACGUGGGAAGAAGAGGAAGAAGAUAGUGGGUGGUCUUCUGAAGAUGAAAAGGUUGAACUUGAGAUGUUGGGGGGUGAAGAUUCAAGCACAGAUUCCGAGAAUGAGAGUCAAUCUGAUGAUGGAAUGCAAGAAGAAAUGGACGGAGUGGUAGAAGAGGAUGACGAAGACAUUAUUGAUGAUAAAAAAUCAAAGAAACCUAGAAGAAUUUUUAGUGGAAAGUAUAAAGAUCCGUCUUUGUUUUUGAAAUCUGCUCAGAAGGAUAUGCUAAGAAAGGCUAGGAAAAAAGCAAAAAGCACUAAGAAGACUAAUAUUGUAAAGAAGAGUCCAGCUGUGAUCAAUCAUAGAACAAUGUCAGUUAGAGCAUCUACAUCUCAGAAAAAACAAGAUUUACAGGAGUCUAUUAGAAGAAGAGAUGAGGAAGCCAUGCAUAAGGCAAAAAGAAAAGAAAUGAAAAAAAGUUCCAAUUCCAGAGAAAGAAUAAAAACAGCCAUGACUCAGGAAGAAAGACUCGAAGCUUGCAAAGAGAUUGAGAAAAUGAACGUUGAAAGUUUAAAUCAAUUAGAGGCAUUUGAAGAGCAUAAAAGAUACUUGGAUAACUCUUCAGCUAGUAUAAGAAAGCAGCUACAGUCUGGACCACUAAGCAUUUACAUCUCUUGGUCAUCUUAUCGUUUAAUGGAGUCAGAAAAGGAUAACUCUGAGAAAAUACUUAAUGAUGAUGAAUAUUGCAGAGAAAUGAUUAUAUAUACCGACGGGAUAAUUCCUCCACAUAUAGAUCAAAGAAGGGAUUCAAAUGCUGACUUGGAUAUAAGCUGUGGAAGUUAUAAUUCUAUUCAAAAAUGCAGUGUUUAUGGUGUUCCUGCCAAGUAUUUAGACCCUCUUACUAAUAAGUAUUAUAGUAGUUUGGAAGCUUUUAAGGUUAUUAGGAAAGAAUACCAUGCUUCAAAAUAUAGGGAGAUUCUUGCUGAGAUUAAGGAAGUGCAAGAUCUUAUUUUGGAAAAUAAGAAGCUUAUUGGCGAAGAUACCCAGGAUUACCAAAUCAAUAACACUUUUGUCAAAGCGGAGUAA